GAAAAAGACUGUCCAGCUUUCGUGUUGUGCCGAACUCCAGAUCUUUACAGCUGAGAUGUUCUGUAACUGGCUGUCGAACCGCCGACUGCAAAACAUGUCGGUAGUUGAGACGUAAGGAAGGAAGACACUGUGGUUGACUUUAACGCAAUCCUGCGUAUCACAAUCACAAGUGACUUUGCCGAAAAAAGUUGGGCAUGUCGCGUCGUUCAGUUUGCCUUAACACGGAUGAUUACGCUCAGCGGACAUUUGUACGCGCUAGUGAACUCAAUAGCAUCGACAUCAGUCCCUGUCCUCAAAGCGUCGCACAGUAUGAGCCAUGAACCAACACUAGCGAAUCAUUGACGAAGUAUAAGGUCGCGCAGGUCAUCACGACGCUGUGCGAAUAGACUUAGUGAGUUUUUGAAAAUUCGCCGCGUUUUUAGCAACAGAGUCGACCAUAAAUGGCAUAACGAUCUCUGUGGCACAUCAAUUAGAGCCGUAGUUUUUAGAUGACAGUAUGGCGCAUGUUGCUCUCUAGUAUUGUGCGAAUAUGAUGAGAUGCCCUCACGACCUGCGUGAAAUGCAGCGCUCUGCCAUGAGGUUUUCAACUGGGAAGAAAAAGCGACACUUGAACUUGUAGACAUACUGAAUAAAGCUUUAGUCGCGGGUGAAAGACGCGGACACAUCCGUGGACCUGCUUCGAUCGCAAUAAAAACAAUAUGAAUCAACGCACUCGACAAUAUCUCGCGCUACCUGCACAACACAACCGCAACGUGAAGAUUGCAGCAGUCCUUCAAACAAUCCAGAUGACGCGAAGAUUGAACUAACUCGGAUUUGACGAGGUUAAACCGUAUUGGUUUUGAGUUUGACUGCAAAGUCCUGAUGCUAUUCAAUGGCGAAAGUUGCAAUUUUAACAUCCAAAUACGUCGUCAAAACGUUUUUAUUAAAUCGAUGAUCAAAGUUGAGAACAUUGAGCCCAAUGUUGAUGGCGCGACACAACAUCUGAAGAAUAAAAUGCACGAUCGUGAAGACCACCAAAAAAACUUGAUAAAUGAUGAGAAUGCGGUCAGAUUUACAGAUAUCAUUCGUUUAAAAACAAUAACUUGGAUACACCUAGUGGUGAUAAUCUUUCUGGUAUAUUGAUACAAAACUAUCAUAACCUCUGCGGUCUCAUGAAUACUUCAUCCACAUUGUGUCGCAAACAAAUCAGCACCAACAAGAAGAAUGACAAGUUAUCCGUUGCGAAUUCAGGGCAUUUUUUCUUACACUUCCAUCUCUAUUAGGCACGAGUUGUCUCCCAUUACACAAUACACACCACGUCAAUACCACGUACUUUAAUCGAGUGGUUCGUUGGUCGUCCAUUCAGUCGCAUCAACUGUCGCACGAGCACCACGUAAUAUUUUCAGAUUAUUAUCAUGCAAGGUUUUCUGUCGACUUUUUCUAUUCAAAGUUACCCUUGCUUUCGUUGAUACGAAAGGAGAACCAAAUGCAAUUAUAAUUUACUUGGACAUUACGUGAACAAUGCUUUCAUUUUCUUGAAAAAUGAUGCGAGAAUACAAUAACUUUCGGCUUGUGGACCGCUCUACUUGCAUCUGCAGAAUUCUAACUACAACACCGCUAAAAGUUAUAAGCAUCCAUGUUAAGCUAUUAAAAAUGAUUUGGAUAGCCGUUGAAGUUAGAAACUAUAAACUAUUUUUGUUGCUGCUGCUGGUCAUCGUCGUCAAUGCUGCAUCCCGAGAUCCUAUUGCAACUGCUGAUUUACGAUAUCGCGUCAACAACACAGAAACCCAAGCUCAUGUACGCAACAUCGUGAUGUGUAAAUAUCAAACAAGCUUCCAUGGGUU